AGGGGCUGAGCUCAGAGGCGAGGCUGCCGGCGAGUGGCCUCCCCAGGCCAGCGGCCCGGCCCGUGGCUCGGCUGCUUGCGCACCGGGCGUUUCUGCCGGCCGCGGCCGCUGUCGAGCGCUGCGGCCCCGGGCGGAGGCUUAGGCGUGGGAGCCCGGCCGGGGAGGGGGCCUGGCCGCCCGCCGGAGGCCUGCGGGCCUCGCUUCUCGACCCUGGAGCUUGGGGAUCUGGCUGGUGCGGGGCUUUCCCCUUACACUGUUUCUUUAAACUCAGCUUGCAGUUGAAAGAUGGGAGAGAUAGAAGGAACAUACAGAGUCCUGCAGACUCCUGGCUCUCGUUUGGGUGUCCAGAAGACCACAGGAGUGAGUACCUUGGAGCCAGGACAGAACCUCUCCACUGCAAUGGCAUCGUCACCUGCCAAGAGCCACGAGCGGGACCUGCCAAUCAAAAUCAAGAUGUUGGACAACACAGUGGAAGUUCUUGACAUUGAGUCAAAAUAUUACGGCCAGACGUUACUGACAGAAGUUUACAAGCAUCUGAACUUGAUGGAGUCGGACUACUUUGGGAUUGAGUUCCAGAACAUCCAGUCAUACUGGAUCUGGCUGGAACCACUGAAGCCUGUUAUUAAACAAGUACGGAGACCAAAGACUACAAUGCUGCGUCUAGCCGUGAAGUUUUUCCCUCCAGACCCGGGUCAGCUGCAAGAGGAAUACACCAGGUACUUGUUUGCGUUGCAAAUCAAGAGAGACUUGGCGGAGGAACGACUGACCUGCAGUGACAAUACAGCUGCUCUUCUGGUCUCUCACCUGCUGCAAUCUGAAAUAGGAGAUUUUGAUGAAUCAGAGGAUCGGGAACACCUGAAAGCAAACAAAUAUUUGCCCAACCAGGAAAGAAUUGAAGGCAAGAUUCUGGAGUUCCACAGGAAGCACGUGGGUCAAACUCCUGCUGAGUCAGACUUCCAAGUGCUUGAAAUUGCUCGGAAACUGGAGAUGUACGGCAUCAGGUUUCAUCUGGCAUCUGACCGUGAGGGCACCAAAAUUAACCUGGCUGUUUCACACAUGGGUGUGCUGGUAUUCCAGGGUAAUACGAAAAUCAACACUUUCAACUGGUCGAAGGUCCGUAAACUGAGCUUCAAGAGGAAAAGAUUCCUUAUCAAACUCCAUCCAGAGGUCUGUGGCCCAUACCAAGACACAUUGGAGUUCCUCUUGGGAAGUAGGGAUGAGUGUAAAAACUUCUGGAAAAUCUGUGUUGAAUAUCACACGUUCUUUAGGCUCUUUGAUCAGCCAAAGCCCAAGGCUAAAGCAGUCUUCUUCACCAGAGGGUCAUCAUUCAGAUACAGUGGGCGAACACAGAAGCAGCUAGUGGAUUACAUUAAGGAUAGUGGCAUGAAGAGAACCCCAUAUGAAAGGAGACACAGCAAAGUCAGGGCGUCCACUCGUACUUCCACCGACGUGCCAAAACAGAGUGUCCCAUUCACUGAGGGCUUGAGAGCCCCAGGGUCUCCUGCCUCAGCAGCUGCCCAAUUCCACUCAGUUCGUUCAUCCACCGCUCCUCCUCCUGUCCUGCCCAUCUUUGCAGAGAGCAGCCCUUCCUCUUUGGACCCCCGAGCACUAAACACAAGGAUUCCAGAAAGAAACACAGCAGUGCCAGCAGAAGCAGCGGGAAGGAAACUGAUGCAGCAGCCUGGAUCUCCCGUGCUCCAAGGCCUUGCAGAGGAGCAUCCUCAGCUCUCUUCCCUCAUGCUGAAGAGUCCCCUGGCCUUGAACCCAGCAUUGCAGGUGAACUUGAAUGCUGCUGGACAGGGUUCAUCUCCUCUCCUGAGUCCUGUCCUCAGUGAUGCUGGUGGUGCCAGAAUAGAAGAGGAGGACGAAAUGAAACGUAAGCGCUGCCCAACGGACAAGGCAUACUUCAUAGCAAAGGAGAUCCUGGCCACAGAAAGGACAUAUCUAAAGGACCUGGAAGUUAUUACAGUGUGGUUUCGCAGCGCGGUCAUCAAGGAGAACGCGAUGCCAGAGGGCCUGAUGACGUUACUCUUCUCUAACAUAGACCCAAUUUAUGAGUUUCAUCGAGGCUUUCUGAAGGAGAUUGAGCAAAGGCUGUUGCUGUGGGAAGGCAGAACCAGUGCCCCCACCAAAGGAGAUCACCAGCGCAUUGGGGACGUGAUGCUCAGGAAUAUGCGUACUCUGAAGGAGUUCACCAGUUACCUGCAGAAGCACGACGAGGUUCUGACAGAACUGGAGAAAGCAACUAAGCGCCUAAAGAAGCUGGAAACGGUUUACAAGGAGUUUGAGCUGCAGAAGGUUUGCUACCUGCCCCUCAACACGUUUCUGCUCAAACCCAUCCAGAGACUGAUGCACUACAAGUUGAUCCUUGGGAGGCUUUGCAAGCACUACACGGCAGAGCACCGGGACUUUGCAGACUGCCGGAAUGCGCUGAGGGAAGUCACUGAGAUGACCUCACAGCUGCAGCACAGUCUCAUCCGCCUGGAGAACUUCCAGAAGCUGACAGAGCUGCAGCAUGACUUGAUUGGGAUAGAUAAUCUCACAGCAGCUGGGAGGGAGUUUAUCCGGGAAGGCUGCUUGUACAAGCUCACCAAGAAGGGUUUACAGCAGCGGAUGUUCUUCCUGUUCUCAGACAUGUUACUGUACACAAGCAAAGGGGUUACAGGGACAAACCAGUUCAAAAUCCACGGACACCUUCCUCUGCAUGGCAUGUUGGUGGAGGAGAGUGAGAAUGAAUGGGCUGUUCCACACUGCUUCACCAUCUAUUCAGCACAAAAAACCAUAGUGGUGGCAGCCAGUACCCGCCUGGAGAUGGGGAAGUGGAUGGAAGACCUCAACAUGGCAAUUGAAAUGGCCAAGAAAUCCACUGAGAAGUCUGACAUGCUUCUGGAAAACUCAGUAUGUGAUCGCUCCAACAGAUCCUCUGAUGAGGUCUCUCUAGAACAAGAGUCCGAAGAUGACAUACACUCCUCUCGUAGCUCCUUGGACAGGCAGAGCCACCACCGUGCCAACACAACCAUGCACGUGUGCUGGUACCGCAACACCAGCGUCUCCAUGACUGACCACAGUGUGGCUGUCGAGAACCAGCUCUCGGGAUAUUUGCUGAGGAAGUUCAAGAACAGCAACGGCUGGCAGAAGCUGUGGGUUGUCUUCACCAACUUCUGCUUGUUCUUCUACAAAACGCACCAGGAUGAUUAUCCCUUGGCCAGUCUCCCGCUGCUGGGCUACGCUGUCAGCUCCCCAGGAGAGGCAGAUGGCAUCCAGAAGGAUUAUGUCUUCAAGCUGCAGUUCAAGUCUCACGUGUAUUUCUUCAGGGCUGAGAGCAAAUAUACCUUUGAGAGGUGGAUGGAGGUGAUCAAGAGAGCCACCAGCUCCCCAGCCAGGUCGAGCCUGCUGCUCCCCAAAGGGGAGAGGGACAGUCACACAGACUGAAGUGGGGCAGAGCUGAAUCUGCUGCACACAGCCACAACAGGGGCAGGGGGAAACUGGCGUCUCUGGAGCCGAUCAAGCCAAGGACCAGGAAGCUCAUUUCCACCUGGUAUGGCAAGUGGGAGCGAGGGAGCCACAGCCUUUCCCGAGGGAUGGACGAGGGUCAAGUCUGCUCCAGUUGAACCUACUCACAGAGAACCCAACAAGCACAGAGCUGCAGUGUGCACACAUGGUGGAAGGGUACCUGCACACUCACACCCUGCCUGCCCUGAGGGAAAACACCACCAACACACUUUGGCUGGCUGGUCAGCGGGGACACGGGCUCUCAGCAGCCAGUGCCUGGGCUGGCUGGCUCCUGGAGCUUCCCUUCCCCUGGCACAGUCAUCUCAGGCUGCCAGGGCACCCACAGAUGUGCUGAACACCGCUCGUUCUGCAGACACUGCAGCUCCCACACAACAGCUCUGCCCUUCACUGAGGCUGUGGCAGCAGCAUGCCCGGGGUCACGCCGUGGUGCGGGGGGCUGAACCCGUCAGGCUGAACCCGUCAGGCUGUACCUGUUGGGCUGUACCCUUUGGGCUGUACCCUUUGGGGUGUGUGGCUUUUCCUCAGAACUCUGCUAUGGCACAUGCUGAGAGAAUCAGCCACUAUUUCACCACAGCUCCAGUUUCUUUCUCCUGUAGUAGGGGGUUGCCCAAGGCAUGGGACAGCACACACUCCCCACCCUGAUGCAGACAGUAGUUUCCAAGUCACUGUUGUUGACUCCUGAAAGUCCCUCUUCUUACAUUUAAAUGUGGGGUGGGAUCCAUCUUCUGUUUCACCUGGAGGUGUGACAGUCACUGGAUUCCAGGUGGACCAUUAGCAGCUGUGGGCUCUAUUAAAUCCCUGUACAAACCCGA